GAAUUCUUAAGCAGAAUGUCUGCCAAAAACCAAAUGAGCGUCUUCAUGGAGAAGAUCAACACGACGCUACAGUCGUGUCCUUCGGUUGUGUGCAUAAAUGAGCCGGACACGCACAGUGCCAACAGCACGGAGAUACUGCAGCAGCCAACGCCAGAGAGUACUCUAGAGAAGAAGCAGGUGCAGGGAGGAGCAGCAGCUAGUCUAAGUGGCAACUGUAUUACAAUUAAUGCGGCAACAGCAGCUGGAGGCACCUCUGCGGGCGUGACAAAGAUAACGAUAACAGGCGACACCGGCAACAACAGCAGCAGCAACAACAGCUCAUACGAGAGUCAGCCUCCCACCAUUCUGAAGACGAACCACAACAGCAGUUUGGUGUCCAUCACGAGCUUAAACAGCUGCGGCGACCUCAGCUACAGUCGGCAGGGCGUCAGUCCAGAGGGGGGUAGCACAGCCACACUGCCCCUGGGAGGAGGCGGCAGCAACAGCAGCCACAGCAGCCACAGCAGCCCGCACGGCAGCAGCGACACCUCAUCGGGAAAUUUCCAAGAACGCUUCGACUUCGAGCACUGGAAGGGAUUACUCAGCGACUACAACUGUUUCCACAGUCUCUAUCGGUAUUGGAAUCAGUGCAGCAGCAGCCACAGCAGCAGUGGCACUGGCAGUGGCAGUGCCACUAAAAGGCAAUCGUGCCACCCACUGGAUGCUCAGUCACGCAACGAUCAUGCGCACGAAGGGAACAACAACGAAGCAGGAUUGGGCAGCGGUCUGGGCAGUGGUUCAUUCUACACGAAUAAUAUACUAGGAUACACCUUUGGAUCCCUACCCUUCGGCUUCAAGCAGCAGCACUCGCAGCACUCGCAGCAUCAGCAGCAGCAGCAGGACCUCGACAGCCAGAGCGGCAGCAGCAGCACUCUAGGAUACAAAAAGUCGUCUUCCUUUUACGGCAGCGCCAACGGCAACGAAACGCCACUCCAGAAACACUACAGACAACAGCAGAAGCGAAAGAUGCCCGUCUUCAGGGGCAGGAGACCCUGGUGCGGGUGCUUCAAGGACGAUGAACCCCCCGAAAUCUGUGUGGUGGAGGGGGCCUUCACCCUGCAGACCCUCACGCCCACACAGCCAAUGCCGUCGGUGGAUGAGCUGGACACCAAGUUCGCGGAACUGGUCGAAGAGCUCGAUCUGACAGCGCCCAACAAGGAGGCGAUGCUCAGUCUGCCAGCCCAGAAGAAAUGGCAAAUCUACUGCUCCCGCAAGCAGCCGCUGGACGCGACAGAUGGCCCCGAUGGGCCCUCGGCGCUCGCCGGGCAUCAGCCCCCGACGGCCGAGCACUAUAUCGAGCGGCUGAAGGAGCUGGUGGUGCACGUCUCCCUCUCGCCGGAGGACUCGCCCAGCCAUGAGGGGGCCAGCAAUCGGCUGGACAACCACGCGGCCCUCGUGGACGCCCUGAAGACGGCGCUGCGCACCUCCACGCACAGCUUUGUGCUCCGCUUCGUGGAGCUGGACGGACUGCCGGCGCUGCUCAAUCUCCUGCUGCAGCUGGACAUACGUGUGGCCAACAGCUCGUUGCACACGAGUCUCAUUGGCUGCAUCAAGGCGCUGAUGAACAACUCGAUGGGACGCGCCCAUGUGCUGGCCCACCCCACGGCCAUAGACACGAUUGCCCGCUCCCUGGCGGCGGACAACAUACGCACGAAGAUAGCGGCCCUGGAGAUCCUGGGAGCCGUGUGCCUGGUGCCGGGAGGACAUCGCAAGGUGCUGCAGGCGAUGCUGCACUUCCAGGAGUUUGCCACAGAACGCACGCGCUUCCAGAGCAUUGUCAAUGACCUGGACCGUUCGACCUAUGCGUAUAUGGACAAUGUCAAUCUGAAGACCGCUCUGAUGUCUUUUGUGAAUGCUGUCCUGAACUACGGCCCCGGGCAGGAGAAUCUCGAGUUCAGGCUCCAUUUGCGCUACGAAUUUCUGAUGCUGGGCAUCCAGCCGGUGAUCGACAAGCUGCGGACGCACGAGAAUGAGACGCUGGACAGGCAUUUGGACUUCUUUGAGAUGGUGAGGGCGGAGGAUGAGAAGGAGUUUGCCCGUCGCUUCAACGAAGAGCAUGUGGACACGAAGAGCGCUGGGUCCAUGUUUGAGCUGCUGCGCCGCAAGCUCAGCCAUUCGCCAGCGUAUCCCCACAUGCUGUCGCUGCUGCAGCAUAUGCUGUUGCUACCCUAUACGGGCCACUGCACUGAACAUUGGCUGCUGAUUGAUCGCGUGGUCCAGCAGAUUGUGCUGCAAGUGGAGCAGCGACCCAGCAGCGACCUUAUACCCGAUCCCUUGGAGGAUCCUGGCAAGCAGCUGAAGCUGGCCAGCGAGUCCCCUGUUCAUGACCCGGAUGUGGCCCCCCUGCAGAUCGAUGUGGGCAAGCUGGUGCGUCUCCUGGUGAAGGAAGAGCAGCUCACGCAGGCGCGCAAGCGGGCGGAUGAAUUGGAGCGCGAGAACUUUGAAGUACAGUCGCGUCUGGCCAAGAAGGAACAGGAACUCGAUCUGCGAAUGCAGGAGAAGGAGGACCUGGAGACGGGCCUGGCACGCAUGCGCGAACGCCUCGAGAAGGAGUCGGCCCAGCACUCGCAGGCCGUGCAGCGGGCCCAGAGUGCCGAAAUGAAGGCCGAGGAUCUGCAACAUCGCCUGCACAGCGAGCAGCAGGAGCGGGCGCGUCUCGAGCGGCUCGUGACCGAAGGCAGCAUACCCGAUGACCAAAAGGUGGCUGGCCUGACAGGUUGCAACGGUGCUGUUUCGCCGCCACCACCGCCACCGCCGAUGCUGAAUGCCAUUCCACCGCCGCCGGCACCGCCAAUGGCGCCAGCAAUGCUGCCGCCCCCACCGCCGCCAUGUCCGGGCGCCCCACCACCGCCGCCCAGCAUGACGCCAGCGAUGACUCCUGUGGCCCCCAAGGUGGAGCUGCCCAAAAAGAAUGUGCCACAGCCCACAAAUCCCUUGAAGAGCUUCAACUGGUCCAAGCUGCCGGAUGCCAAGCUUCAGGGCACAGUCUGGAGCGAACUGGACGAGAGCAAGCUGUACAACAACAUGGAGCUGGAGUCGAUUGACAAGCUCUUUUCGGCCUACCAGAAGAAUGGAGUGCCAGCACAUGAUGGCUCAUACGAGGAUCUGCGACCCACGGGACAGAAGAACAAACAAAAGGUUCUCUCAGUGAUCGAUGGACGCCGAGCCCAAAACUGCACGAUUCUGUUGAGCAAACUGAAGAUGAGCGAUGUGGAGAUAUCCAAGGCCAUCCUCUCCAUGGACUGCAAUGAGCAGCUGCAAUUGGACAUGGUCGAGCAGCUGUUGAAAUUCACGCCCUCUGCCGAAGAGCGGGCUUUGCUGGACGAGCACAGCGAGGACAUUGAAUCGCUGGCACGAGCCGAUCGUUUUCUCUAUGAGAUAUCCAAGAUACCCCACUACGAGCAGCGGCUGAAGAGUCUGCACUACAAGAAGCGCUUUAUGCUGACCGUCAACGAUCUGACGCCGCGCAUCAAGAGCGUGAUGGAGGCCUCACGCGAGGUGGCACGCUCUCGGCGUCUGCGCAAGUUAUUGGAGCUAGUCCUGGCAUUGGGCAACUACAUGAAUCGGGGGGCACGCGGUAAUGCCUCUGGCUUCCGUUUGGCGUCGCUCAAUCGUCUGGCCGAUACCAAAUCGAGUGCCGCCAAGGGCACAACGCUGCUCCAUUAUCUCGUGCAGGUUAUCGAAAAGAAGUUCAAGGAUCUGCUGAAGCUGGAGGAUGAUAUACCGCAUGUGCGCGGUGCCUCGAAGGUGUCGCUGGGCGAGAUGGACAAGGACAUACAGAUGCUGCGCACCGGGCUGGCGGAUGUGGCCCGUGAGAUUGAGUUCCAUCGGAGUUCGGGUCCCGCACAGCAGGGUGAUCGCUUUCUGCCCGUGAUGCGGGAGUUCCAUGCCCAGGCAUCGGUGCGCUUUGCCGAGCUGGAGGACAAGUUCCAGGACAUGAAGACGCGCUUCGAUCGUGCCGUCCGUCUGUUCGGUGAAGAUGGAUCCGUGUUGCAGCCGGACGAGUUUUUUGGCAUCUUUGAUUCGUUCUUGGGAGCCUUUGCCGAGGCGCGUCACGACAACGAAAGCUUCCGCCGACGGCAGGAGGAGGAGGAGAAGCGGGCCAAGCAGGAGGCCGAGCUCAAGAAGCGGACCAUCGAUCGCAAGAACAAGACCGGCCUCAUGAGCAGUGUUGCACGCAACCUCGGCCUAAAGUCCUCAUCCCCCACGAAUGGAGGCGACUCCCCGGGCAAGGGUGGCGGCGACAACAAGGGCGAGUUCGAUGACCUUAUCUCGGCCCUGCGCACGGGCGAUGUCUUUGGCGAGGACAUGGCCAAGUUUAAGCGAUCGCGCAAGGCGCGUGUACUAAAUGGUGGAUCAGGAGCGGGAGGUGCCACCGGCAACACCUCACCGCCAAGGCAUGGCAGCCUUCAGCGCGAGGAGAGCGGACGCGAACGGGAGCGCACUGUGAGGCGUCAGUAGUAGAGAUAGGAUCGACUCCCCCGCGAUGUAAAGUUUUUUUUUUGUCUGAAAUUGAGCGCAAGUAUUUUUUUUUAAGCAUCGUAAAGACAUUUUUUGUAAUUAUUUAUAUACGAUACGAUAUACUUAUACACCUAUAUAUAUAGCACAUAACCUUAACCUAAAUCUCGGCUAAUGCAAGCGUGAAACCAAAUUUUUUGUACACAAAAAUCGAAAAAAUCGAAGCCUAAAUGUAAUUUAAAGUCUAAAGUUAAAGAAAAUGUUAUGUCGUGGCGUGGCGUACCUUGGAAAUUGUAAUUGCAUCUUUGAAUUUGUAUUUUUAUCUGUAUCCUCUGCAUUGCAUGCACACGUGUAUACGUAUCCCCCCAUAUAUAUAGUGCUAUAUACAUAUAUCGAAAGAACGAACGGUCGAAACGAUUUCACAGUGCUCCCAUUCUACAUGAUAGACACUACACUACUCACCUCACCCUUUGUUGUGGUAGUAGCUUUUGUUUGUUGCAUCCCCGAUGGCACCCCAACAGAGUAAAGGAGGAGCUGCCAUAAAGUCAUGUUCAUAACUAGGAUUUACAUAUUGUUUAUUGUUUUCAUUUCUUGAUUGUUUUUUUUAGCACGAGAUCCCAGCAUCGUACACACAUAACAAGUAAAGAAAUAAAUAAAUCUGCCGUCACCUGCAGCAGCAUCUAUUUCUAUUGAGAACGUACACCCCUCUAACUAUUAACAAAUUAUUAUAAUAAUAAACAACUAUUGUGAAUGUAAAA